AUUUUACUCUUAAAUUACAAACGAGAAAUGGGCCGUAGGUGAAACAUUUCCCUUUUUCAAAAAGUGGCAACCACCCAUUAGACAGAAGCACAACAGGUGUGAUGCUUUGCAGAAAGUAUGGAAAGAACACAAUAAUAGACAAAAAAUGAUGGUACACCGUAUUCUUAUUCUUUGAUAAAGUAUCUUCUUGAUGAAUCGGUUCAUGUGGGCUGAAGUUUCAGUUUUUCCUUAGAAAAGAACUGGCGUUGUUGACCUGUCAGUUAAGGUUCCCAAAGAUACCAGGGCUCUGCUGUCUCACGUGCGUAGGAAUAUGUAUGUCAGAGAAGCAGAACGUUCUGUUUGACUAGUACUAGUAUUUUACCAAAUCAGAAUCUCAUCUCAUGUGGAGAUAUGGUUGCCUCCUGAUCUCGCAGCAUACAGUAAGAACAAUUUACAACGGCUCUCUCUUAUCGAUCGUGGAUCAUCGAUCGUGAUGGGAUGGGAUUGUUUGAGGCCAUCACCACAUGCACACAUCUACAUGGCCCGCUGCUGAACGGCAACUUCGAGUACCCGCCGAACCAGUCCCAGAUGAGCGGCUCGUCAGUGACGGGGGAGGACGCGAUCCCGUACUGGAAGACCGCCGGGGCCGUGGAGUACAUCGGGUCCGGGCAGCAGCAGGGGGAUAUGGUCCUGACGGUGCCGGAGGGCGCGCACGCGCUGCGCCUGGGCGGCGGCGCCUCCGUCCGGCAGCAGCUCAGCGUCACGCGGGGCGCCUACUACUCCAUCACCUUCCGCGCGUCGCGCACCUGCGCCCAGGACGAGAAGCUGAGCCUGGAGGUCGUCCCCGUCACCGGCUACCCGGCCCAGACCGGCGAGCUCCCCAUCCAGACGGUCUACACCAGCUGCGGCUGGGACUCCUACUCCUGGGCCUUCAAGUCCGAGGCCGGCAUCGUGUCCUUCACCAUCCGCCACCCCCACGAGGAGGAGGAAGACCCCGCGUGCGGCCCCAUCAUCGACGCCAUCGCCAUCAAGACCAUCUACCAGCCACAGCCCACCCAGGACAAUCUGCUGGCGAACGGCGACUUCGAGGAGGGCCCGUACAUCCCGCCGGACUCCAGGUCGGGGGUGAUGGUGCCGCCGGUCGACGAGGACCACGUCUCCCCGCUGCCGGGGUGGAUGAUCAUGUCGUACAAGAAGGUGGUCAAGUACGUCGACGCGGCGCACUUCGCGGUGCCGCGCGGCGUGCGCGCCGUGGAGCUGGUGUCCGGCGUGGAGACCGCGCUGGUGCAGGAGGUGCACGCCACCGUGGAAGGGAGCUGGUACAGGCUGGAGUUCUCGGUCGGGGACGCGGCCAACGGGUGCGGGGCAUCGUCCGACUACUCCCCGUCGCCCGGGAUGAAGGUGAAGGCGAGCGCGGGGUCCGGCGAGACCACCGUGGGCGUCGACUUCCGGGGCGCCGGCGGCUGCACGCGCGGGAGGCUCGAGUUCCAGGCCACCACGAGCCCCACCAGGGUGGUGUUCGUCAGCCUGGGCUACCACACCAAGUCCGACAACAGCGGCACGCUCUGCGGGCCCCUCGUGGACGACGUCUCGCUCGUCGCCAUCGCGCAGCCGUCCGCUCGCCGGCUGCUUCUCUAGGGCGCGCGAGAUGAGUGUACGGUUACGGCCGGUUGCACUCGUGCGGCGUGGCGUAUUGGAGAGUGUAACUGUGCUGGGUUAGUACUGGCUCAUUUUGGCUUACCUGCUGCUGUACUAGUAUGAUUGAGUUCCACUUUUUAUUUAUAUCA